UUCUUCAUGGUAAAGGUGACAGAGCACUGGAACAGGCUGCCCAGGGGAGUUGUGGACUGUUGCACAUUUUAAUCCAUCCAUGUGUUUGAAUAAGGCGGUCAAAGUAACUUAAGUGUGCAGCAAUUCCUGUGAGCCAAAGUUCUGAUGAAAGUAGGUGUCUUGCUUCUUUUAUUUUUUUUUUUUUCCUUUCUUUUUUUAAUUGAGCAGAUCAACUUUGAAAGGACUAAAUAGCAGAGGAACAGGUGGCUGUACUGACAGUCUCAGAUUUUUAUGAAAAUUUUGCUUUACGUGUGCUGUCAUGGAUGCUGUCAUUGUAAUUCAGUUGCAUAUAUCAACAGAGACCUUUCCUUCUCUUUCUUUCCUUCUCUUUCUUUCCUUCUCUUUCUUUCCUUCUCUUUCUUUCCCUUUCUUUCUUUCCCUCUCUUCACUUCAAUUGAUGAGAUUAUUUUCUUCCAGGCUGAAACUCUGUGGGCAUGGCCUCGGAUACAAGGAGUUUUUUCUCCUCUGGAAAAUUUGGGCAAAGGUAGCACCAACUGGUUGCUAUCCUGAGUGGUAAAGCUCUACAGGUCAAUUGCAAGAAGAAAUUUCUCUCUUUGUCAUGGCAGAAUGUGGGAAACAUGUCAGCAAAGAUACUUUCCUGUAAGAUCACAGCAGCAUUUCUGUCUUUAAUUAUUGCAGAGAAAUGUGGAGCCUAUGAUGUGAUGUUCAAGCAUAGUCUUGUGCCUCAUGGGCAGCCUCUUGUUAUUAAAUGUUCACUGGAAAAGAGCUUCAAUUUUGAAAGUGGAGACUGCAACUUAACAUGGUAUAAAGUUGGUAACCAAACUGCAGUGCCUAGAGACAAACUUUCUAGAAUUCAUCAGCAGAAGAGUUUAAUUUGGUUUCUCCCUGCAAUAUUAGAAGAUUCUGGAAAUUAUGAAUGUGUCAUAAGUUGCAGGAAUUUGACAAGCUGCAGCAAAAUGUCUACAGAAGUAACAGUUUUUGAGAGGACUGAUGGCUUAUGCUUAAAUGAAAAAUUUGCUGUAGAGGAGGUGGUAUUCACUUCAUCAUCUGCAAAGGUUGUAUGUCCACACUUGGACCACUUCAGGAAUGAGGAAAAUAUUCUACCUAUUCAUUGGUAUAAGGACUGUCAGCUACUGGAAGGGAAAAGAUUUGCCUUUUUAAACAGUGACCUUAUGAUUUUCAAUGUGACUAUGCAAGAUCAAGGAAACUAUACAUGCAAAACAACAUAUACCUAUAAUGGAAAGCAAUAUGACAUUGCACGAGACAUAAGUCUGAUUGUAGAAGUGAGCCCACCAAAAAUGCCCCCAGAAAUUUCUUAUCCGCAAAACAACUCAAUUGAAGUGGAACUUGGCUCACAGGUCACAGUGGAUUGCAAUACAACAGGUGCUGAUGGGUUUGAGGUGUUUUGGACAGGCAACGGUGUGUAUAUUGAUGUGUUUUAUGUGAGCAGAAUUUUUGCAAAGCCCAAUAAUGAGGAAACUGCUUAUGAUGGACGCCCUAUGUAUUCUGUGAAGCUGAUAAUUUCAGAAGUGUAUAGUGAAGAUUAUGAACAACCAUUCAUCUGUCAAGCUUCAAAUGCCUUUGGACAGGUUGCAUCCUAUAUUAUAUUAAAACACAGAGUUCCCGAUGUACAAAGAUGGCUGACUGGAGUGUUUGUCUCUUUCUUACUGUUAAUGUUUAUUAUUCUGAUCGUCUAUAAGAUUUUCAAGAUAGACUUGGUGCUUUGGUAUCGUAAUUCUGGAUGUGCCUUUGUAAGUAAGGAAGAUGGAAAAAUCUAUGAUGCAUGUGUCCUGUACACAAAAGGCUGUGGAGGCAGCGACUUCUAUCGAUUGGAAACCUUUGUUCUUAGAAUACUCCCCAACGUUUUAGAACAACAAUGUGGAUAUAAUCUCUUUAUAUUAGGAAGGGAUGACCUACCAGGAGAAGCUAUGGUCAGUAUUGCUGAUGAAACUUUCAAGCAAAGCAGAAGACUGAUGAUCAUUUUGGGAUCUGAAACAUUUAGUUGCACCCAGUUGGAAGAUGCCCCUGAACAACAAUUAGCUUUGUAUAGUGCUCUUAUCCGUGAUGACACUCAGGUGAUUCUUAUAGAAAUGGAUGGAAUGCAGGACUACGCAAGCAUGCCAGAAUCAAUCAGAUAUAUUAAGCAAAAGCAUGGGGCUGUCCAAUGGAAAGGAGACUUCUCGGAGAAAUCUUGUUCAGCAAAUACAAGAUUCUGGAAAAGUGUGCGCUAUCAAAUGCCAGCCAAGAAAAAAGAGUCUUUUUCUGAAGUUUAUUUAUCACCUCAAACUUUGGACAAUUCUGCAGCAAAGCGAAAUUAAGAUUUAUUUACUAAAAUAGUACUGAGAAGGUAAUUUGGAAAUAUGUUUUCUACACAAAUUCUUUGUAUUAUGAACAGAGGGGUUUUUUUGGUCAAGGAGUAAAAACUGCUCAUCCCUUCCCAAAAUUAUACCUUACAAGGAAAACUGUGCAACUGUGUUUGUUUCAGCUACAGAUAUUGACACAAUUUGUUCAGGCUUAUGCCUGAAUUAAGCAUUGUGGAUGUUGAUAGACUGUUCAGGAGUGGUGAUCCACAUUAGUUUAAUGUCCACUGAAGAACUGACUUCAACUGUGCAGUCUGUUUGUUUUCUAAUUGAAACUGCUGUAGAUGUUUACGUAGACUGCAUUUUCCUACCGAUUCUGUUCCUCUUGUUUUUGCCCCACCAGAAUUAUCUGACCUCCUCAUUACCAUAAAAAUCUGUACUGUGCAAGUUUUGGAGUCCACUCUUGAGUAACAAGCCUUAUCCUUGUUUCUUGGAGGGGAUAAGGAAAUACUGGGUAGAUUUGAAACGUCUCACAGUACUGCAUGCAUUUCAGUUGAACCAUUGAUUACCAAAUAUGCUAAACAAAUGGAGUGGAAUUCAUGACUUCUCACACAUUUAUCAAAUAAUUCUGUAAUUCCCGGUUCAUGGAGCAUUUCUAAACUUUGUUCCUUGAAAUGGUCAGGAAACUGAAAAUAUUUAUGACUUCUUUCAAACUGGAAGCUUUCUAGACUUUGUUGCUACUCAGGAAAACAUGUUCUCAUUAUGUUUCUCACCUGUAUUAAGUGCAAACCCAGAAAUUUCACUCAGUCUGUCAAAGGACUGUAGUUGGGCAGGGCAUUCUUGGGAGUGGAAAGUGGCCAGUUCUGAAACCUGAUCAGGAGUUGAUGGCAAGAGAUGAUAAUAUCUUGUGUACUUGUGAAAGAAAAAAAAAGUAGAGGUGUGUGGCUAUCUCUGUUUGCUUGGAAGUACUUCCGUAUUUUUGGACACCAACCCAUGUUCUGUGUGCAUUGCUGAGUAAAAGGGGUGAGUCAGGAUGGUCUGAGAUUGCAGCUGUUUUCACUCACCAUCUUUGAAGAGUGUCAUCUGAAUGCAGACAUGAAUUCUGCUUGCUUUAUAAGUGUUCUUAUCUAAAAUUGAGCAGGUUCUUAAAUUAUCUUUAUUACCAACAUGGCAUCUAUCACAGAAUCCUUUCAGCUGAUUCUCAGAAGUGUGCAUGCUUUGGAAUAUGCACAUGGUUAGGCUUUAUUUAUAAAGAUGAGAGAAAGAAUGGCCCAGGAGUGUAACAUGUAUUAAAGGAAAUAUUUGCAGUAGUACUUCGUACUAGCUAUUUCUUUGUGAAAGAUUAAUGGUGCUCCUUAUGUGCAGUAUCCUGCUCUCCUGACCACAAGUUUCACAGCUGUUUUCUAAACCUCUAGAAGCUUUUUCUAAGAUGUUGCUAUGGAAACUGAGUUCAGAAUAGGUCCAUCAGGUGAGAUGCUGUUACUCUAGUAGAUUUUGAGUUGGUCUUUUUUAAAAAUGCAUAGUCUUUAGAUUGGAAUCUUUAAAAUAAAUUUAGGAGCCUGAGAAUUUAGAUAAUCAUUAAUGUCAAUUUUUAUGUUGUGUUUAGGCUUAGAUUUGUUCAGAAAGGCAUUGAAAACUACAAUUUGCUUCCAAGAUUUCAGAUUUCUUUUGACUUUUUGACUUUUGUUUAGAAACAGAAUCAUCUUAUUUCUGUAGGAUGAAGUAAGGGAGAUAAUAGAAAAAUGAUGUUGAAAAAAAGCUAAUUUUUUUUUUCAACUAUCUAUUUUCAUGUGCUUUGAAAUAAAAUUGAAAAAAAAACCCAGUGUAGCAUUUGCAGUACUACUGAUAAGUACACUGAUUUGCAUGAAGGUGUGCUGGUAUUUUCUGUGUUUUCUGCUCUUUUAAAUAACCACAUUUUGUGAGCGUUUUAGGUUUGUACGUGUGUGAAAGAGAGUGUGGGAGAAUAUUUUUGGUUAUUAUGCUUAACUGUUAACUACUUGAGUGCAGCAUGACACAAUGGCUUACCCUUUUAUCACAGGAGUUAAUUAUGAAGUAUGAACUUUUUUUUUGCAAGUCACAAAGGAAAAUAGACAUUUUAUCUUUUUUUUUUUUGUAGUACAACAAAAGAACUCCUGUAGAGAGAGAUGUACUGAUUGUUCUUGAUUAAAAACACACAACAAAAAAAGAUUAGUUGGCAAAAGUUUGAUUCUGGAAACUUGAUAGCUUCAAAAGAUAAAAAACGAAUAUGAUAUAAUCUGUGAGGUAUUUGUUCACUACCAUGUGGUUAAUAUACUUCAGUAUGUUGUCUGUGCUGACAGAGUAAAUAAUCUGAAUGGUGUAUGGUAGAAGAUACAUUGAACGUAUUCUCUUCAUCAAUUUUUAUUUCAAGCCAUAACUAUACAAUAUUUCUUUUGCUGGUUUGUGCUUUCUUUUCUUGCUUUCUGGGAUACUUUCAUCCUUUUGUGAUUUUCCUGCCUUUCUUGCCUUUGUAAGCUAGCACAGUGAAUAUGGCAUGCUUUACAUUUUAAUGUAUGUAUGCAUCUUUAUGUGAAAUGUUAGAUCAUGGCCUGAGCCAGCCUGAUUAAGCACCUGGUGAAGGGGCAUAGGUGGAGCACAGGUGGAAGCAAUUCAUCUGCAUGACCAGAAGGGGAGGACUCUGGCUCUACUCCUCCCUGACCUCUGGCAGCCACGAGGGAAGUAUCUCUACUUGGAAAUCACCUCCUUUGAAGUGCUCAGUGAGCCCUGAUGCUCAGAAAGGAGUGAGUGAUUCCUUUUUUAUUACUGGACUGUGACCAUAACUUUUCUUAGGUGAUCUAAGGUCACUGUGUCAUUAGAGGUGGUGUUAUAGUUCUGCUUGAUGAUUACCAUGGCUGUGUGGAGUCAGCAUUUCAUGCAGAAGGAGGGUAGAAAUCUCACAAAAUCAUUUAGGUGAAUUUUCUACUCCAGAAAGGUUGGCGUUCAAUUGCUGCUCCAGAUUGGGUGACUUAGAUGUGUAGGUUCUUUUUGUUUGUGUUUGCCCUCAGCCAAUCAUACGAUCUUGCCCUGAAUGUUUUUGAACAAAGUGGCUGUAGUUGAAGGGGUUAUUUCAAAAAACUGUCUCAUUCUAUUCUUUUUUGUUGUUGUUGUUGGUUUUUUUCCACCAGGUUUCCCUGAUGGGUGUUAUUUCUGUUUGCAGUUAUUAAAAUCCACGUGUUCUCUUUCCCAUAUCUAGCUAGUGACGUGUCAGUGGAGUGCUUCCUUGGUCUGCAUCAUUCAUGGCAGCGAACCCCAGUGCUGCCUUGGCUCUCUUCCAUUUUUUAGUGCUAUUCUUCGAUCUUUUCUACUUGCUCAUUUUCUAUACUGUGAAUAUAUACACUUAUACACGUGAAAGUUUGGAAGGGCCAUAUUCAAGUCCAUAAGAAUAUAUAUAUAUAUUUGUCUCUGAGGAUGUUGUUCCUGGUACCCAUGCUUUUUGUAUUUCCCCCUUCCUCCCAGUUUUUUCAGAUAUGCCUAGCUCUCUUCUGUGCAAUGGAAGUGGGUGAUUUAGAAAGUAAUUUAGCCUGUCUACACUUAUUAUAUUUCUCACUUGUAGGGAAGCAUGCCCACACUGUAUCAGUGAGGUCUUUACUUUUGGGGUAAGGUGCAUCACAAUCACAUAAUUAAAAAUGGAGCACAGGAGAAACAGAAGAAUAAGUGCAUCCUUGCAAGAGUAAAGAACUUAGAGAUAGGCAAAGGAUGUUGGAGACUUCCCCCACUUCUGAAAUGGUGAGUAAGCCAGGAUGCUUGGGGGUUACAUCUGAUUCUACUUGAUAUCUGGCUCUAAUUUCAGUAUUUUUAGAGAAAAUGAGACUAUUUCCCUAGAGACUGAAGAGAAUAGAACACAUGCUGACUACUGCAAGAAGGACAAGCAUACCAUAGAAGUGCAUCACCUCAUCCUAAAUCUGAAUGGCUUGAUAUGCAUAUAUAUUUAAAUGAGCAAAGGAUGUGCUGGUGCUGUCUGAUGUCACUUUUUAAAACAACUCAUAGUGUUGAUGUGUUUGGCAUUUUUUGAGUGUCAUAUAGCUGGUUGGGCACCUCUAAGAGAUGAACUAACUUAUUUUUUAUAAUAAAGUCACAUCCAAAACGCCAACAACAAAUGAUGGGAAAGGAUCAGGGGAUGGCAGAAUGAGGGCUGGUGGCAGUAACACCCUGCCCUGUCAAACAACUGUAGAAAUCAGUGGGAAAGUUCACUCCUCCCCAGAUACCAGGGAAGUGAGCAGCAGCCUUGUGCUGUGAAAUGUUCCCACUCAGUGAUGCUGGGGAGGGAGGCAGGAGUUCAGCUCUUGCAAUUUACAAAAGCCAUUUUACAUCAGAUGAUAACAAAAUGCUGUUAACUAUAAUGGCAUGCCACCAUGUUGGA